GCCAUCAAGUGAAACCUUAAGUUCUUUGAAAUGUGAUCGUUUUCACCUUUUUAUAUUUAAAUAUUUCCAGUUCACCUCUCAUUCAUCUCUCUCUCGCUCUCUCUCAAUGGAGAACCGCUUGAAGCUAAAAAUCUCUAAAAUGUUCCAAACAUGCCGGUCGAAGCACACCUCCGACGUAUCCGAUCAACCUUUUUUCUUUCCGGAAAACCAACAUCACCGGCAACUCAUCGAUCUUUUCUCUCCCAAACCUAAAUCCUUCUGUAAAACCAAAUGUCAUGUCGAUGAUGAACCAAAAACCAAUCUUUUCCACCCCAAAAUCACCGACCAAAUCGCCUCAUUUCCGGCAUACGCAGACUGCCGGAAACCUGCAAAAAAGAAACCCCAUUACAGGAAACCUAAAAAAGUGGAAGAUUUCUCGUCCACAACAGAUAAUUACUACUACGGUUGGCGUAGCAGUGAUGAAGAAGACGAAAGUGACGACGAAACCGUUUUGUUUUCAUCCCGUUCAUUCUCUUCCGACUCAUCGGGUUCUUUUCGUAAAUACAGAGCUCAACGGAAGUCCAAGAAGAAAUCAAAGAGAACCUGUGGCGACGGAGACGGAAACAGCUGUGGGUGUAAGAGUCAAAGGAUUUCCGAUGAAACACCAUUGGAGAAGAGUGGGAAGUUGGUGAAAGAUAGUUUUGCAGUGGUGAAGAAAUCGAGUAAUCCACAUGAAGAUUUCAGGGUAUCAAUGGUGGAAAUGAUUGUGGAGAAACAGAUAUUUGGAGCAGAAGAUCUUGAAGAUUUGUUGGAGUGCUUUAUUUCGUUGAAUUCGGAAGAACAUCACAGGGUGAUCUUUGAGGUUUUCACUGAGAUUUGGGAUACUCUUUUUUCAGCUUCUGUUUAAUCAAGCACAAUACUCUGUUGUGUGCUACUAUAUUAUCUUUUUUAAUUUAUAUAUAAGCUAAGUAUUUAGCAUUUUAAUUCAAACAAA